AUGGUGCAACGUGUUGUAAAUGAAUUAACAUCUAUUGAUAUUAUAUAUGAAGAAGAAAUAGCUGAAGCACCACUCAGUGCUUCUGUUGUGGUUACAAUUUCAACAAGCCCAGAAAUUUAUCAAACCAUUACUAAAGCUAGUCGAAAAAUUCUUUCUUCACGUCCUCAAGCAUGUUUAUUUACUAUUCUCAAUGUGACGUAA